AUGUCUGAUUAUUUGAGUCAAACCACAUUUGACUUAAUUUGGGAUCAGCUUAAAACACAACAUGUUGAAGAAAUUGAUCCUGAUGAUUUCCUGAAUAAAUACAGUCUGGAAAUUACUGAUUUUGAUGAUGAAAUGGAACCAACACCACCACCUAGCCUUGUUGAAACCAGCCUGUCUGAGAGUGCUCCUUUGUUGUCCAUCUCUGUUGCUGCAAACCAACUUGAAUUGCCAACUUCAACUGAACAGCCUCCUGAAACAUCAGAAUUUUUGAAUUUAUCCUCAAAUGAUGUUAACAAGUUCAUUGAAGAGCAAGAUAACAAAAAUACCAUGAGAAAAACUCUAACUGACAUAAAUAAGUUCAGAAGAUUUCUGGAAACAAAAGGUGAAAAAAGAGAGAUACAUGAGAUUAGCAUUGACCAACUUGACUCAUAUCUAGCAAACUUUAUUUUGUCUAUAAAGAAAGCAGAUGGUACCGAAUAUGAACCGAGUUCUUUACGUAACAUUAUCAGUAGUAUUGACCGAAAACUGCAGAGAAAUAAAUAUCCAUUUCUAAUAAUGAGAGGAAAUGGCCCACAAUUUUCUUUGACAAGAGAUGCCUUAAAGGCCAAACAAAAAUGUCUAAAAAAGUUGGGAAAAGGCAAUAAACCACGAGUUGCAUCGUCACUCUCCGAUAAAGAAGUUGAUCAAAUGUAUAUGAAAGGUGUACUUGGUGCCAUGACACCAACAGCAUUACUCAACACUGUUUGGUGGAACAAUUGCCUUCAUUUUGGAAUUAGAGGGACGACAGAGCAGUAUAAUCUCAGAUGGGGAGAUAUCAAACUUGGCAAAACAUCAGAGGGUCUAGAGUAUUUAGAAUUCAAUGAACGCCAAACUAAAACCAGGAAUGGCGAAAAUGUAUGUGAUGUAAGGAAAGUCAGUCCCCGAAUGUAUUCAAUUCCAGGUGAUGAUAGGGACCCUAUUGAAAUCUACAAAAGAUACGCUGAAAAGCGUCCAGCAGCAUGCCUUUCUGAUGAAUCUCCAUUUUAUAUUGCACCAAGAACAAUCCCUAUUAACAGUGAACCUAAUGGUCAAUGCCAGUGGUUUCUCAACCAGAAAGUUGGUGUGAAGAAACUUGGAGGCCUUCUUAAAAAAAUGGCUAAAGAUGCCGAGUUAAACCCGGAUAAGAAUAUCACAAAUCACUCUGCAAGAAAGCAUCUCGUCCAAAAGUUGAGAAAUUCCAAUAUUGCACCCACAGAUAUUAUGGCAAUAAGUGGACACAAAAAUGUUCAAUCUAUUAUAAAUUAUAGUGAAAUUUCAGAAGAAAGGCAAAUUGAGUGCUCUAACCUUUUGGCAUCAGUCCGCAAUCCAUCCACUGGACCAUCAGCUACAGUUACACGGUCAGAUUCUCCAUCGCCAUCUACAGAUCAAACUGGCACUGUUACAAAUACGUCAUUAGAGUCCAUUUCCAUAUCUCAUUCUGCAGUUUCAACGGAGUCACAUGGCCAAAUGAAUCCUGGCCAAAUCAGUUACCCCACCCACUCAUCACAGCAGAUUGCUUUAUCCAGCAACAGCUUAAAUUCGCUAUUUUAUGGCGCAGUAUUGCAUGUCAACAACCUGAAUGUUUAUUCAAGUCGGUAA